GGCGGGAGCUGGAGGUGGAGGCGGGGCCGCCGGCCCGGGCGCUGCGUGCCGCCGCGCCUGUGCGGGCCCUCGGGGCUGCGCGAGCAGGUUUAGGACGCUGAGCGGUGCGUCUCCGCCGCACCCGGGGGCCGUGACGGUAAAACAGCUGGGUUUUCCUUUCUAUCUUCCAGGUUUGCAACUGGAUGUGGAAACUGAAAACCAAAGAAAUCAGGGCCUGCUCAAGGUUGCUCAGCGUAUGAUGGAAGUGGCUGUGGGAACCGUGGUCCCUGGCUCUUGUCUGGGGCUCUUUCAGAGCCUUGUGCAACUUCCCUGAGGUGGCAGUGCCCUGAAAAAAUGAGUUUAAUUGGAGAGCCAAGACCAGAACAGAUGAAAACAUGAGCGGAGAUGCCUACAUAGAAGAGUGACAGCAGCUGGGCUGAAAGUUUCACUGCUGAACUGGUUCCUCAGGUAUCCUGGCUCUGGCAAUUGCUAUGGGAGAUUGGAUGACUGUUACAGAUCCAGGUCUGUCUUCAGAAAGCAAAUACAUCUCUCAAUAUACCUCUGAAACAAAGAUGUCUCCAUCAAGUUUAUACUCACAGCAAGUGCUAUGCUCUUCAAUACCUUUAUCAAAAAAUGUGCACAGUUUUUUUAGUGCCUUCUGCACAGAAGAGAAUAUUGAACAGAGUAUUUCAUAUCUUGAUCAGGAAUUGACUACUUUCGGUUUUCCUUCAUUAUAUGAAGAAUCCAAAGGUAAAGAGACAAAGAGAGAAUUAAAUAUAGUUGCUGUUUUAAAUUGUAUGAAUGAGCUACUUGUACUUCAGCGGAAGAACCUUCUAGCUCAGGAAAAUGUGGAAACACAGAAUCUGAAACUGGGAAGCGAUAUGGACCAUCUGCAGAACUGCUAUGCAAAACUUAAGGAACAACUGGAAACCUCCAGGAGAGAAAUGAUUGGUCUUCAGGAAAGAGACAGACAGUUACAAUGCAAGAACAGGAAUUUGCAUCAGCUACUGAAAAAUGAGAAAGAUGAGGUGCAGAAAUUACAAAAUAUUAUUGCAAGUCGAGCUACUCAAUAUAAUCAUGAUAUGAAGAGAAAAGAGCGUGAAUAUAAUAAACUAAAGGAACGUCUACAUCAACUUGUUAUGAACAAGAAGGAUAAAAAAAUAGCUAUGGAAGUUUUAAAUUACGUGGGGAGAGCUGAUGGAAAAAGAGGCUCCUGGAGGACGGGUAAAACUGAAGCCAGUUUCUUUCUCAGGAACGAAGAUGAAAUGUAUAAAAUUCUCUUGAAUGAUUAUGAAUAUCGUCAGAAACAAAUCCUAAUGGAAAAUGCUGAACUUAAGAAGGUUCUUCAGCAAAUGAAAAAGGAAAUGAUUUCUCUUCUUUCUCCCCAAAAGCAGAAACCUAGAGAAAGAGCAGAUGAUAGUACAGGAACUGUUAUCUCUGAUACUGAAGAAGAUGCUGGGGAACUGAGCAGAGAGAGUAUGUGGGACCUUUCCUGUGAAACUGUGAGAGAGCAGCUUACCAACAGCAUCCGAAAACAGUGGAGAAUUUUGAAAAGUCAUGUAGAAAAACUUGAUAACCAAGUUUCAAAGGUACACGUAGAAGGUUUUAAUGAUGAAGAUGUAAUCUCACGACAAGACCAUGAACAAGAAACUGAAAAACUUGAGUUAGAAAUUCAACAGUGUAAAGAAAUGAUUAAAACUCAGCAGCAACUUUUACAGCAGCAGCUCGCUACUGCGUGUGAUGAUGACACCACUUCACUGCUACGAGACUGUUACUUGUUGGAAGAAAAGGAACGCCUCAAAGAAGAAUGGUCCCUAUUUAAAGAGCAAAAGAAGAAUUUCGAGAAAGAAAGACGAAGCUUUACAGAAGCAGCUAUUCGCCUAGGAUUGGAGAGAAAGGCAUUUGAAGAAGAAAGAGCCAGUUGGUUAAAGCAACAGUUUCUAAAUAUGACUACCUUUGACCACCAGAACUCAGAAAAUGUGAAGCUUCUCAGUGCCUUCUCAGGAAGUUCUGAUCGGGACAACCCUACAGUGCACUCGAGGCCACGGCAGAAGAAGCCUCACGGUGCGCCUAGUGGGUCUCCAGUUUGCAUGUCUAAACUUACUAAGUCUCUUCCUGCUUCUCCUUCUACUUCAGACUUUUGCCAGAUGCGUUCCUGUGUAUCUGAACAUAGUUCCAUCAGUGUACUAAAUACAACCCCUGAAGAAUCUAAGCCAAAUCAGGUUGGAAGAGAAUGUACAAAUCAGAAGUGGAGCGUGGCGUCAAGACCUGAUUCACAGGAAGGUGGCUAUAGUGGACGCUCCUCGACCUACGCAGAUUCUCACGUAGAGAAGGAUGACUUACCUUAGACAUGUGAGCUGGGAUUUUUUUUUUCAUUAACAUGCUCAUCAAAUUUCACAUCUGAGUUGAAACAGGGUGUGUUAUAAAGUCAAUCAUCUCUAAUAAUUUAAAAUGGUCUGUGUUGUUUGUUUGGACUUCCCUGUUCCUCCCCCAAAGAGCUAAAAUGUUAAAUCUAUUUAAAAGAAUAUAAAAGCUUUGGAUAUGUAUUUUUAGUAACAGAAGCACCUGGUUCUGUGAAUAAAGGAAUGUAUAAACGUUUGGAUGGAAACAAAGCACUAGAGUGAGUUUCCUCUUAUAGGUAUUAAAAAUAGCACUUUUAGGAAACUGAUUAUUGUAAAUGUUUAAUUUUGUCUCAUAUAGAGUUGGCAUUGGAAGUUUAGCCUUUCCUUGAAUGUAUACUGUAGCUUUUUAACAAAGCAAGUUAUAUAUUUAUUAUGUUUAGUGUGAUUUGAAAUACCCUCUUUCAUAUGUUUUAAAUAAAGUAAAAUUUAUGUAUGUUUUGUACAUAGAUAUACAUGAUUAUGUUAAGAGGCUUUAAGAUUUAAAGAUUUUACACAUCCAUAAUUAUAGUAUUUCAUGCCAAUAAAAUUUUUAUUAGUGAUACUCUGUUUACAGAUGUAUUAGAGCCAUUGCCACAUUAUGUUUAAGAAUUUUUUGAACCCAUCUGAGCAAUAAAUACUGAAAAGCUAUUCCAUGAAGCCAGGUUCUUUAGAUCAUUAACAUUACUAAUGUUACAUUUUAGAGAUUUCUACAGCAUUAGGUUUUUUUAAUAUGUAGGAUAUUACAAUUUUUCAAAGGAUUAUUGAUUUUAGCGUAAUAGAGGUAAGACAAGAGUACCUUUGGAUGAAACAAUUUAAGAAUAUUGGCUUAGGAUAUUUGGAUGAUAGAAGAUAUUAAGGUAUUUAAGAUGUUUGGAUGGUGAUAUUUUCUCUAUCAGAUGGGUACCCAUACCGUAACACCUAUACCAGCAAAGGCUUUGUAUAGUUGCCAAUAAUUCAUUAAUAAUUUUUCAAUGAGAUAUUUACUGAUAAGGAAAUCUGAUAGCAUAAAAGCAUCAGAUUUUAUAGUCCAGAUAUGAUACUCUGGACAAACUUGCCAUUUCAUUUUCAGGACUGACUGCAUGUUUCUUCAUGGUUGUUAUUGUUAUUAUUGAUAGUAAGAAUAAUGUAAGUGUGGGCCCAAGCACUUUCUUAGAAUUUUCAUCAGAAAGCUUUAAGUACCAAACUCAAUUUGUCUCUGCAUGUAGAAGCCUACACAUAUCCAGUCCUUGCUAUAGGUAUUGUAGUUUAGGCCCAUCUGCCUUCCCAUUUUCUAGCAGUUUAACCAUUUGUAUUCACUCGCCUAGUUGUGGCUGUUCAAUUUAAAUUUGUCACGUUAAAAAGUACUUCUGUCAUCCUCUCACUAUAUAUAUAACUCUUUGGAGUUGCGUAGCAGCAGCCAUUUUUUUCAGGGUUAAUAGCAUAUUAUUGAGUAUCUUGUAAGACAUUAGUGAAAGUACUCAUGAGAAAGUACCACAUUUAUAGUCUCAGAAAGCUGGCUCUUGAGCAAAAGCAAAUUAGUCACCACAUUCAGCUUGGUGCAUGCCCCUUCUUUACCAUUUAAAAAUAUUAGAAAUGAUGCAGAAUUUCAGAAGUAGUACCAUACUCCAAAGCAAGAAACAGCUGUGAUAUCGUUCUUUUGCUAUUGAGCAAUAAUGUGAUCAAAGAAAAGCAAUCACAUUUUCUAAAUAGGCAGUGAUAUAUUUGUCAAGAAUUGGGGGGUUUUUUUCAGGGGUUUCCAUGAUAUACUUGGCUAGAAACAGUGUUCUAAUUUUUAGAGUAAUCUCUUAUUUUAGGAAUAUUGCAUUCCACAAUGAUGAAUUUCUACAAAGCAGCAUCAGUUUUUUGUUUUUUUUCGUUUUAAAGUUGGUUGAAUUCUCAUAUUGGAAAGAAAAAUUCCCUUGAGACUUACUGUGAAAUCUAAGGUGUGAAAGAAACAGGAAAAUGAAAGCCAGGAUCAUUGUGCUUUUGAUAAAAGAUCUGCCAGUAGUUGUAUGUUUUACUUAACAGCGUAGAGUUUGCUUUACAUUCCAGCUCCAAUGACGAUUCCUAUUCAUGCUAAACUUCCCAGAAUGUUGAAACGGUUUCCAUCUGGAUAACUCCUGACUCCACACAUAAGACUCCUAGAUUUUAUUUCCCUUCCCUGUCUAGGUGUUUGCAGUGUACUAGUAAUACAGCCGUGCUGCAGUCUUGCAUUUAGCCACGACGAGGUGAGAGCACCAUGUUCAAUUUUGCUUGAAAGUCCUCCUGACCAUCUUCAGUGUCUUCUUGUUCAUCAGGAUGCAGAUCUGAAACAUUCUGUGCCUUAUUUGUUUUUAUCCAUUUUGAAUUUUCAAAGCAUAAAAGUGGCAAAGAAAAUUUAAGAGAUUUUAUUUCCUACUGUUAAAUUUUUAUAUCUUCAAUUUAUGAUGAGAAACUUAAUAGAAGAACAAUCCUACCAGAAAAUUAAGAUUAAAAUUAAACUUAAUAAAUAGGUACUUUCUUGUAGAAGCAAUGUAUUAAAUGUUUAGAUUCACGGAACAAUCCACGGCAAAUUGUUUUCCUCAUGGUAUAAUUAAAAUACUGUCGUACUUAGAGUUGCAUUUUUCGUACCUUUGCUGACCAGACUUGUUCAUAGGCCUGUGGUAACACUUUUUGUGGGGAAACAUAUUCCAUGGUGCAUGGUGAGAAGGAGAGCGCCCUAGAAUCCAGUUUUGACCUGUCCUGGUGGAGCAUUUGAAAACGCCCAGAAUGCCAGGAGAGAGGUUUUGCAGUGUGUACGUGCAGAAUGCUGUGAGCUAGCAAACCCCUUCUGUGAUUGCCCUGUUGUAAAAGUCUUCAACACCUGUUGCCUGAUGUAAAUCAUGUUCUUAUUUCUAGAUUGGAUUUAAAUUAAGUAUGGGUCUUGGAAGUCUAGUAAAUAUACUUCUUCCUAUGUUUGUCCUUAAUUUUUUUCAUUCUUUUCAUAAGCAUAUAAAGUAGCUGCUGUGUGUCAGGACUUAUUACUACCUUCUAGUUACUGGGGAGAGAAAGACAACUAAGCAUGCUCCCUGCCACUGAGAAUCUCUGGGUUGAGUGGAAGACCAGCUAUAUAAACCUAAAUAGUCAUAAAUAAUGGGAGAUGCUGUUGAGACAUUCGGUCUGGUGAUAAAACUUGGACUCAUUGUUCUGCUCCAGGACCAUGUAUCCAUCUCCUAACAGUGACGUGGCAAGCUUCUAGUUAAAGAGUCUUUGCAUUAUUUCCUAUGGGAGGAACUAUGUGAUUAAUAUAUUACUGUUUUGUUUUUGUUGGGUGUUGGGUUUUGUUUUUGUUUUCUACAAUCAAAAUACCUGCAAAGCAGCAUUAAGAAUUUCUGCCCACAGGGCUUCCCUGGUGGCGCAGUGGUUGAGAAUCUGCCUGCCAAUGCAGGGGACACGGGUUCGAGCCCUGGUUUGGGAAGAUCCCACAUGCCACGGAGCAACUAGGCCCGUGAGCCACAAUUGCUGAGCCUGCGCGUCUGGAGCCUGUGCUCCGCAACAAGAGAGGCCGCGAUAGUGAGAGGCCCGUGCACCGUGAUGAAGAGUGGCCCCCACUUGCCGCAACUAGAGAAAAGCCCUCGCACAGAAACGAACACCCAACACAGUCAUAAAUAAAUAAAUAAAUAAUUUUAAAAAAGAAUUUCUGCCCACAAGAACAUGUAUUAUUAUCUAAUAGAAAAAGAAUUUACAAAGAUUUGGACCAUGUAGAUAAGGAUAAUGAGAUAGGUUAUUCUAGUCAUUUCUCUAAAUAUGUUAUUUUCAGGUUGGAUGUAGAUUAAAGUGGAAUGGACUGAUUAAAUGAUUUAUA